AUGACAGGCAAGAGUAAGACGACUGUGAGGACGCUGGAGGAUUUAACGCUCGAUUCCGGUUAUGGUGGAGCCGCUGACUCCUUCAGGUCUUCCAGUGUUUCGCUGUGUUGCUCGUACACGAAUCUGUCAUAUGCGCAUGGGGGAAACUGCUGGCAUCUGACCGAAUCUAUGCACAGCCGACACAACAGCUUGGACACGGUCAACACCGUCCUGGCGGAGGACACGGAUAUAUUGGAGUUCUCCAGCCAAUGCGCCAAGCUUCCCGAGCUUGAGGACGUGCCAUGGAGCCUCAGCGAGGUGGAGUGCGCACUCAGGAAGAAAGAGGAGCUAUGUGUGGGGAGCCCGUCACAAGAGGUCCUGGCCAAGCUCUCAGCACUGGUCAGUCGGGCGUUGGUGAGGGUCGCCCGGGAGGCUCAGCGCCUCAGUCUGCGCUAUGCCAAGUGCACCAAGCACGAGAUCCAAAGCGCCAUCAAGAUGGUUCUCUCCUGGACCAUCUCUGUCAACUGCAUCACCGCAGCACUCGGUGCACUUUCACUCUAUAAUAUGAGCACUAGGGAUAAACUCUACCGGGGCAAGUCAGCACGGUGCGGGCUCGUCUUUUCUGUAGGACAUUUUUUCAAGUGGAUGGUUGAGAAUCGAGUGGCACUCCGGGUCCAUGAACACGCAGCUAUAUACUUCACUGCCUGUGUGGAAAGCCUGUUCCUUGAGGUAUUCAGCCGAGUCCAGCGGAUCGCGCUCAUCGAGAAUGACAACGGCACCUCCACAUUUAUGCUCGAGUCCCUAGAGCAGGCCAUCAACAAUGACUCAGAGAUCUGGGGUCUGCUGCAGCCCAACCAGCACCUCAUAUGUGGGCAUAAUGCAAGUGGUGUGCUGAGCUUGCCGGAAAAUCUGACCCUGCACCGGGACCAGCAGCGCUCUGGGAAGGGUGACAAGGGCAAUGCCAACAAUCAGGCCGAACUCUGCAACCUGGAACAGACCCUACUGGCUACCCGUGUGGGAAGCAUCGCAGAGCUCAGUGAUUUGGUGUCACGGGCCAUGCACUAUCUCCAGCCAUUGCGGAUUAAGAACCCUAGUAACGGCACGCCAGUCCACCAGAAGAGCGGCUCGGUGAACUGGGAGCCUGAGGCACUCUACACUCUCUGCUACUUCAUGCAAUGUCCCCAGAUAGAGUGGGAGAACCCCAACUUGGAGCCCUCCAAAGUCACCCUGCAGAUCGAGAGGCCCUUCCUUUUACUGCCCCCGCUGAUGGAGUGGAUUCGGGUGGCGGUGGCACACACAGAACACAGGCGCAGCUUCUAUGUGGACAGCGACGACGUGAGACAAGCUGCCAGGUUGCUCCUGCCAGGGGUGGACUGUGAGCCACGACAGCUAAAGGCAGACGAUUGCAUCUGUGCUACCCGGAAUCUGGAUGUGGCGUCCACAGAGGCUAAGUUUCUGCAGGACCUGGGUUUCCGCAUGCUCAACUGUGGCCGGACAGACCUCGUGAAACAGGCGGCCAACCUACUGGGGCCUGAUGGUAUCAACAGCAUGAGCGAGCAGGGGAUGACACCACUCAUGUAUGCCUGUGUGCGGGGAGACGAGGCCAUGGUUAAGAUGCUGCUGGACACUGGGGCCGACAUCAACAGUGAGUUGCUCCUGGAUAGCCGAAACAGCAUGGAGGGGGCCCUGCAAGAUGGAGCAGAUAACUACACUGAUACCCCACUUCAGCUGGCCUCAGCUGCAGGUGUCCCCUGGACCCUGCACACUUGGCUGGAGUCUCUGCGCACCUGUUUCCUGGAACACCGGCGCCCACUGAUCCAGGGUCUGCUCAAGGACUUCAGCUGCAUCCAGGAGGAGGAGUACACUGAGGAGAUCAUCACCCAUGGCCUGCCACUUAUGUUCCAGAUCCUCCAUGCCAGCAAGAAUGAGGUGAUCAGCCAGCUGUCUGUGAUUUUCUCCCAGUGUUAUGGGCCCUUCCCUGUCCCCAAACUCACUGAGAUCAGAAGGAAGCAGACCUCGCGACUUGACCCCCACUUCCUCAACAACAAGGAGAUGUCUGAUGUAACGUUCCUGGUGGAAGGAAAACCGUUGUAUGCACAUAAAGUCCUGUUAUUUACUGCUUCAGCCAGGUUUAAAUCCCUGCUCCAAAACAGACCAGCAGCAGAGAACACCUACAUUGAGAUCAGUCAUGUCAAGUACAACAUAUUCCAGCUGGUCAUGCAGUACCUGUAUUGUGGAGGCACUGAGUCCUUGCACAUCAUGAAUACUGAAAUUAUGGAGCUCCUGUCUGCAGCAAAAUUCUUUCAACUAGAGGCCCUUCAGCGACACUGUGAGAUCAUCUGCUCCAAGAACAUUGCCGUGGAAACCUGUGUGGACAUCUACAAACACGCUAAGUUCCUCUGUGCCAAUGAGCUGGCGGCCUUCAUCGAAGGCUUCUUCCUGAAAAACAUGGUGCUGCUGAUUGAGGUGGAGGCUUUCAAACAACUACUGUACGAGAUGCCUGUUACAGUGAGCCCCGGACCCUGCCUGAGCCCCAUCUCCGAUGUCCUCCAUGACCUUGAGAAAACUCUAGCCACCCGCAUCCAGUCAAUUCACCUCUCCUCCUCCAAGGGCUCCAUCGUGUGA